AUGGGCGGGUUUGGGCAGGAAGUGGGCGUGGCCGAGGGGAGACAGUGGGCGGGGCAGAGACCCGCGCAGGGGCUGCUGGGAGUUGUAGUUCCCGCCGCCCCGGCCGACCGAGCCACGAGCCACGGUUCUGGGGACCGCAGCUCCCGGCAGCCCCUGCGGCAAACGGCACCAUGGCGGCGGCGGGCGCGGAGGAGCGGCCCGGGUCGCGGCGGGACAGGCCUAUGUGGAGGGAGCGCGUCAGGCAAGACCACGGUGGCCAAUAAGAUCAUUGAGGCCCUGGAUGUGCCCUGGGUGGUGCUGCUGUCCAUGGACUGCUUCUAUAAGGUGCUGAAUAAGGAGCAGCAGGAGCUGGCUGCCCGCAACGAGUACAACUUCGACCACCCUGAUGCCUUCGACUUCGACCUGCUGGUCAGUGUGCUGCGCAAGCUGAAGAAGGGCAAGAGCGUCAAGGUGCCGGUGUACGACUUUACCACGCACAGCCGCCGCAAGGAGUGGAAAACCAUCUAUGGAGCCAAUGUGGUUGUGUUCGAGGGGAUUUUAUCUUUUGCCAAUAAGGAGCUGCUGAAGCUCCUGGACAUGAAGGUGUUUGUGGACACGGACUCCGACAUCCGGCUGGUGCGGCGGCUGCAGCGUGACAUCAUGGAGCGCGGGCGUGACAUCGUUGGUGUCAUCAAGCAGUACAACAAGUUCGUCAAGCCGGCCUUCGAGCAGUACAUCGAGCCCACUGUGCAGGUGGCCGACAUUGUGGUGCCCAGAGGUGGGGAGAACUUUGUGGCCCUGGAUCUCAUUGUGCAGCAUGUGCACAGCCAGCUGGAGAAGCGUGAAAUCACGGUCAGAGCGGCCCUGGCCUCUGCCCACCAAGGGCAGCCGCUGCCCAAGUCGCUGAGUGUCCUCGAGAGCACGCCGCAGGUGCGUGGCAUGCACACCAUCAUCAGGAACAAGGACACAACCAGAGACGAAUUCAUCUUCUAUUCCAAGCGCCUGAUGAGGCUGCUGAUUGAACAUGCCCUCUCCUUCCUGCCACUCAAACCAGUGACUGUGGAGACGCCUCAGGGGACCAUGUAUGAAGGGAAGCGGUUCCACAGGCAGCGGAUCACAGGUGUGUCCAUCCUGCGGGCAGGGGAGACCAUGGAGCAGGCGCUCACUGCUGUCUGCAAAGACAUUCGACUGGGCAAGAUUCUGAUCCAGACCAACCACGACACAGGGGAACCUGAGCUUCACUAUCUGCGGCUCCCCAAGGAGAUCAGUGAAGAUUAUGUCAUCCUGAUGGACAGCACCGUGUCCACGGGGGCUGCAGCCAUGAUGGCCGUGCGUGUCCUGCUGGAUCACGAUGUUCAUGAGGAGAAGAUCUUCCUGCUGUCCCUGCUGAUGGCAGAGAUGGGGGUUCACUCCGUGGCCUACGCCUUCCCCCGUGUCCACAUCAUCACUACAGCUGUGGACAAGAGGGUCAAUGAGGAAUUCCACAUCAUCCCUGGCAUCGGUAACUUUGGAGACAGGUACUUUGGUACUGAUGCCCCCUCCGCCUGGUGUGAAAGUGAGAGCACGGACUACUGAGCUGGCCUCCUUGCCUUGCGCAAUGGCCUCCCUGCCUCCUCCCUCUUUCCCUCCCUCCAGCCUUGCCCUUCUGCUCCCCCCGGCUGGCCUCACAGGCCCUGUGGAACUUAGUGGGAUGCUACUUCCCUCUGGACCACACGCUGUCAGGCAGGCAGCCAUUUGGAAACUGCCCACCAGCGCCCUCCAGUGUAUGUGCAGGGCAGAGACUGCCUGUGGCCUGGUGUCCGCAUGCUGGGCACACACUCCUUGUGCCCCCCACGGGUGGGUGGGCGGGCGGAGGGAGGAUCAGAUUCUCCCUGUGGCCCCACAUGGAUGUGGGUGCAUGUGGAGUGGUGGAGGUUGUAAGAGACUCUCCCUAUGGCAUAGAAGGUGAGGCCCAUGCACUGGGUGGGGCAGGCUCUAUAUGUUUAUUUGCUCUGAGCAGUUACUCCCCCCAUGUUCCGGCUCAGGGGCCAGCUACUUGAAAAAUUGUCAGGGACAAAGGAUCAAAUGGAAGGGAACAGCCCCAUCUCCCUCAACCUGCAGCUCUACUCUUCUCCCCUCCCACCUCAGUGCCCUGAUAGUACA